UUGACUUUUUUAGGCGUCAAUUUCUCAGAAGCUCAAGUCCUCAACUACUUCACACAGAUUCUCAUCGCUCUUAAUCAUAUUCACUCAAAAUCGAUAGUGCAUAGAGAUCUCAAGACGCAGAACAUUUUAUUGAAUCGGUUACGUCAACCGUCAUCGGUACACCAAAUUAUCUCAGUCCAGAAAUAUGCGAAGAAAAGUGAUCUUUGGUCUUUGGGAUGCGUUUUGUACGAGUUACUCGAACUGAAAAGAGCUUUUGAUGGUGAGAAUUUGCCGGCUAUCGUAAUGAAAAUCACUAAGAUGCCACCGUCAAGUGCAUCGUCGAUGCUUGACAGUUAUGACUUGCCCGUGAUGGUCGGUAUGGCAAGAAGUGUUCAGAUGAUAUGUUGCGUUAUCGAGGUAUGUUCAUGA